AUGGUCGGAAUUGGUCCCAAGCGCCCCCCAUCCCGCAAGGGAUCGAUGGCCGAUGUGCCUCAGAAUCUUCUACAGCAGAUUAAGGAUUUCGAGGAGAUGUUUACUGUGGACAGAGCCAAGCUCAAACAGGUGGUUGACCACUUCGUCAAGGAGCUCGAGAAGGGUCUCAGUGUGGAGGGUGGUAACAUCCCGAUGAACGUUACCUGGGUUAUGGACUUCCCCGAUGGAGACGAGCAGGGAACCUUCCUUGCCUUGGAUAUGGGUGGCACCAACCUCCGCGUCUGUGAGAUUACCUUGACAGAAGAGAAGGGAGGCUUCGAUAUCUGCCAGUCCAAGUACCGCAUGCCGGAAGAACUGAAGUCCGGAACCGCUGAGGAGCUGUGGGAAUACAUCGCCGACUGCAUACAGCAAUUCAUUGAGUUCCACCACGGAGAGGAAGGAUUGACAUCAUUGCCCCUGGGUUUCACCUUCUCCUACCCGGCUACACAAGAGUACAUUGAUCAUGGUGUUCUUCAGCGCUGGACUAAGGGCUUCGACAUUGAUGGUGUCGAGGGACAGGAUGUCGUCCCUCCCCUGGAGGAAACACUGAAGAGAAAGGGACUUCCUAUCAAGGUCGCUGCUUUGAUCAACGAUACCACUGGAACGCUCAUCGCCUCGGCCUACACUGAUCCCGAGAUGAAGAUUGGAUGUAUUUUUGGUACAGGUGUCAAUGCGGCCUACAUGGAGGAUGUUGGCUCCGUCCCUAAGCUGGCCCACAUGAACUUGCCCCCAGACAUGCCAGUGGCCAUCAAUUGCGAGUACGGUGCUUUCGACAACGAGCACGUUGUUCUUCCCCUCACAAAGUACGAUCACAUCAUUGACCGCGACUCUCCCCGCCCGGGUCAGCAGGCCUUCGAGAAGAUGACAGCCGGUCUCUACCUGGGAGAGAUCUUCCGUCUGGCCCUGAUUGAUCUCCUGGACAGCAGACCAGGACUGAUUUUCCAGAAUCAGGACACCAGCAAGCUGCGCAAGCCGUACUUGCUGGACGCUUCCUUCCUGGCUGCCAUCGAGGAGGACCCCUACGAGAACUUGCAGGAAACACAGGAGCUGUUCGAGCGCGAAUUGAACAUCAAGCCCACUCUGGCCGAGCUCGAGAUGAUUCGUCGUCUGGCCGAGCUGAUCGGUACGCGUGCAGCUCGUCUGUCAGCUUGCGGUGUGGCGGCUAUCUGCAAAAAGAAGAACAUCGAGAGCUGCCACGUUGGUGCGGACGGCUCCGUCUUCACCAAGUACCCUCACUUCAAGGCUCGUGGUGCCCAGGCUCUGCGAGAGAUCCUGGACUGGGCCCCGAACGAGAAGGACAAGGUCACCAUUAUGGCGGCCGAGGAUGGUUCCGGUGUCGGUGCCGCGCUGAUCGCCGCCUUGACUCUCAAGCGUGUCAAGGCCGGCAACCUGGCUGGUAUCCGGAACAAAGACGAAAUGCAGAAACUGCUUUAA